AUGAAGUUUGCAAAGACGUUGGAAAGGGAACUCAGUCGAGAUAUUCCUGAAGAAUGGGUUGAAGCAGCUAUCAAGUACAAAGCCUUGAAGAAAUGUAUCAACAAGGUUGUUGAUGAGUUGAAGUUCUUGGGGUUAGAGCUGAACAAACUCAAGUUGCUCAUCAAUGAUAAAGAGGUGGAUAUGGACGACAACCAGUCUACAAGUCCCUCCAACCCCAUAAUCGCCGAAUACACCUUAACAAAAGCCUCACCUGAGAGUCAUACCAUCAAACCAAUACUCAAGAUCACACUAGACUUUAGUAAUGAGAGCUUAUCCGACGACACAAUAACAAAGACAUGUAAUGAGAUUAAACAAAAAAUCGAAUCACUUCUUAAUGAUGACUCGAGUAGUUCAGAGGAAGAGAAAAUAGUGGAAUUGAAAGAAGAGGACGAUGGAGAAUUGCGACUAGUGUCAAGUCGUGAAGGAUCAUUAUCGCCACCAUUGCGCCCAUUGUCGCCAACUGCCUCUGCUUCUGCCUCUGCACAAGGACCUAUACCGCCAUUGACAUCCACAUCCACAUCUACAUCUACAUCAACCUCGAUGCCGACACCCGUCUUUGCUCCCAAGACAGAUUCUGCGUUUGAAAUAGAAGAGUUACCAAACACUAUGGACAAGUUACUUUUGCGAGAUCCAGAACACAAGAAACGCGAGAUAUACAUUGUCCUCAACUCAGAUAGCAAGUUCUUUAAAAUGUUGGAUGAAGAAUUGGAGGCAUUGGACUAUCUUCGACGAACAGAAGAAAAGAAACUUAUCAAUGAAGUACAAAGCAUCGCUCAUUACGUUUCGUCGUUUACCGGGACCAGAUCGGAAAUGUAUAAAUGGAGAGAACUUUUCAAAAUAUAUCUAGAUUCAGAGGUUUAUUUCCAAUAUAAUGACCAACAUAGAAGUCCACGUUCUGGUGACGAUAUCAAAGCUCAUUUGGACGAAUUUAUGAACAAUGUGAACAAAUCGGGCCUAAUUGUGCAAUUCAAGAAAAAAAAGAGUCUUGCCGCAUUUGAACAAUUUGUCUCAAUGAAUUACCAUUUGCUCAAAAUGCUUCAAUUUCAAAGCAUAAACACCGAAGCACUACGCAAAAUCCUAAAAAAAUUUGAUAAGCAAACCUCAUUGGGAAUUCAAACAAUAUACCCCAAACUUAUUUCUUCCGACCAUAUUUUUGUUAGUGGAAAGUCGCUAGCACAAUCCAUAUGCUACGUUAUCCAAAACUCAGUAAUCCAAAUCAUUCCGCAAAUCGAUGACUACUCGUGCCCUAUUUGUAUGAGUAUCGCAUACAAGCCUAUCCGACUAUCAUGUGGCCACUUGUUCUGUGUCAGGUGCUUAGUUAAGUUGAAAAAAGAUGACAAGACAAGCUGUCCUAUGUGUCGUAAGCCAGAUGCUAUAUUGGAAGCUGACUCGAGUAAUUUGGAUUUGGAAUCGAUGGAAAUCAUGAAAAAAUAUUUCCCUAUUGAAGUAAGAGAAAAAUUAAGAGAUCGUGAGAAAGAACGAUAUAAUGAAUUGAAAGGUAAUGCCAAGGGUGAGAAAUGUAUUAUAGUUUAA